GCGCGGGUGCGACCGUCCGAGAGAUGUCCAGUGGAAGGAUCAAAGUGAAGAGGAGCGACCGGCAGACCGGCGGCGCCAAACAGGCUUCCGCUUUAUAGGAGAGGACCCCAACGAGGCCCUGCCGCGAGUGGGCCCCGAAAAAUAACCUCCCCUCCGGUCCCAUCGUUCCCCUGACCCCAGUGUAACGUCCCCAGGAGAAAAAUUUCCAUAAGUAUCAGCUGUAUUUGAUAAAUCAAGUUCAAAUCUGGCUAAAGUGACAUUCAGUUGAUCCUGUGCACGAGUUACAGUGUUGGUGAAAGUGGAAAAAUCAAAGUUCUUUCACGAAAAAUACUACCAGUAGCUCUGGCAAUAGUCAGCCAGGAGCCAACUUCCCACAUCUGGGAAGUAGGCAUCCUUUUUGUGUCAACGGAGGACCAAGUGAGGACCUUAAUACUAAGCAAAGUUGGUGCUCGUGACAGUGGAGCAGCAGGACGAAAACGUGAAGGUGGUUGAGAGAUACGUGAGAGCAAGCAGGAAGUGUGUGAAAAUAUUUCGAAACAGCUAGACAGAUUGGGAGAACCCUCUAACCUGCUCUCCAAGUCAACAUAUUGACAGUCAUCUACGUUAAGAAGCAUGAAGUCUUACGCAGCAUCAUGGAGCUGUGCGCUCCUAGCAGCUACCGUCGCUCUUCUACCUGCCACACAUCGCUCACCUUUCGUGCAUGCCGCUGCUGCAGGCGGUAGCAUGUUGGGUGACGUCAAUAUUUCAGCAAUUUUAGAUUCAUUUUCAGUUAGUUAUGAUAAAAGAGUAAGGCCAAAUUACGGAGGUCCACCCGUAGAAGUUGGCGUCACGAUGUAUGUCCUCAGCAUCAGUUCAGUGUCGGAGGUGUUGAUGGACUUUACGCUGGAUUUCUACUUCCGGCAAUUUUGGACUGACCCCCGACUUGCAUUUAAACAAAGGCCAGGAGUCGAGACGUUAAGUGUCGGCUCUGAGUUCAUCAAAAAUAUUUGGGUGCCAGAUACAUUUUUUGUCAACGAAAAACAGUCCUACUUUCACAUCGCCACCACCAGUAACGAGUUCAUUCGAAUACAUCACUCAGGCAGCAUAACACGAAGUAUAAGAUUAACAAUUACUGCUUCGUGUCCCAUGAAUCUUCAGUAUUUUCCUAUGGAUCGGCAACUUUGUCACAUCGAAAUCGAAAGUUUCGGAUACACAAUGCGGGACAUCCGAUACAAGUGGAAUGAGGGUCCAAAUAGCGUCGGCGUUAGCAACGAGGUUUCUCUUCCUCAGUUCAAGGUCCUCGGACAUCGUCAACGAGCCAUGGAGAUUAGUUUGACUACUGGAAAUUAUUCCCGGCUAGCUUGCGAGAUCCAGUUCGUACGAUCGAUGGGCUACUAUCUGAUCCAGAUCUACAUACCCUCGGGAUUAAUCGUGAUAAUCUCAUGGGUGAGCUUUUGGCUAAACCGAAACGCAACCCCCGCUCGGGUCGCCCUCGGAGUAACCACUGUGCUCACCAUGACAACCCUCAUGUCCUCGACUAACGCGGCCCUCCCCAAAAUCUCCUACGUCAAGUCCAUCGAUGUCUACCUGGGAACAUGUUUCGUCAUGGUCUUCGCGUCACUCCUUGAGUACGCCACGGUUGGAUACAUGGCAAAAAGGAUUCAAAUGCGGAAGAACAGAUUCCAAAAAAUAGCUGAAAGUAUGAAAGCAGCAAGAGAAAAUCCACCACCAGGAGUUCCUGGUGAUCAUGAUCAUGCGCCAAAACAAACUUGGUCCCGUGUUGUCCAGGAGGUGCGGUUCAAGGUCCACGACCCAAAAGCACACAGUAAAGGCGGUACACUAGAAAACACAAUCAACGGUCGAGCUGAUGAAGAAGCACCACCAGCUCCCCAACAUCUUAUUCAUCCAGGCAAAGACAUCAGCAAGCUCUAUGGUACGCCAUGCAUAACACCAUCAGAUAUUGACAAAUACUCUCGCAUCGUUUUUCCUGUGUGUUUUGUAUGCUUCAAUCUCAUGUAUUGGAUCAUCUAUCUACACAUCAGUGACGUUGUUGCGGACGAUCUGGUACUUUUAGAAGAGGCAAAGUAAACAAAAAAGAAAAAUUCUUUUCCAAAACAAAAAGAAGAAAAAAUCGAGACUAAGGGAAAGAAACAAGCGAAUGGAGAAGAGGAAAAAAAUCUUUGUCAGAAAAGAAUAUAAAAAAAGUAGAAGGAUAAAGAUUGCUAAAACUAAAACCGUGCUGUGACUGCUUCGACUUUCUGGCACUGUGCGACACACUCGUCGCGUCGUCCAAAUAACCAGCCUCAUUUAAUCAUUUUUUAAAAUAAUAAUUACCCGAUAAAUUAAUUAAUUAUAAUAAAAUAAUAUUAAACAAUUAAUAAUAAUAAUAAUAAUAAUAAAUAAAGGAAUUUAGAGAAUUCGAGAAUUUAAAAAUAAUACCAAAGGUUUUCAAAUGAAGAAAAAAAAUGGAGAAAAUAAAUAAAUUAAAUAAUACAGUAUAAUAUUAUAAAUCAUGACCAUUGCCGGUAUAAAAAAAAAAGCCGGUGAUUAAUGGUCUACGCUCAAUGACUUUUCCUCGACCGAGGGAUCGCAACAACGAUCGCGGAAACGACUUCUCAAUUGCUAGAGAUAAAUAAACCGGAAGCAGGUAUUUCGGUGAAGAUAGAAAAUGUACAUUCUAAUUAAUGGAGAAAUAAUGAAUGAAAAAACAUUCCUAAAAAUCCAAUGAUGAAAGAUAAGAUAAGGAAAAAAGACAAAAAAGCUCUAACUAAAAAGAAAAUAAACAAAGUGAGAAGUCUGUCGCUGUGAUCGUAAAGCGCAAUGAAGACUGAAGGAUGUCGAGCUGUAAAAUGAGAGAUAGACGUGUAAGAAAGGAAAGAAAUAAAAUGAUUGCAGAAUGAUAAUAAAUGGUAACACAUGAAUAGUGGAGAUAAACGGGGCGAGUGUGGAAACUUUAGAAAAAUAUUUAAGUGUACAGUGCCGCGAAAGAUUCGAGAGACGAAUAUAUAAAUAUAUAAAUAUAUGAAUAAUAAAUAUAAAUAAUAUAAAUAUAAGUAUAAAUAAAGAUAUAAAUAUGAUAUACAUAAUAAUAAAUAAAUUAAUUAACUAAUCAAUUGAUUACUGCAUAUACGAUAUACCUUUAAAGCAUUGCCAGUAUAUCUCUAACAGUAACAUCGUGAUUACAAAAGCAGAAAUGAAUAAACUCAUAAGCAAAAUAACAAAAAAUGUCAUCCACUAUAACAUCGCCAUUUCAUCCAAUUUUUCGGUAUAAAUAUGUCAAUUUAGCCACACAUGUAGGAUCAAUAAAUAAGCAUUCGAUUAGUAAUUAAGAAAACUGUGGCUCAAGACUUGCUAAUAAUUUGUUUUAAAAUAUUUUACAAUGAACUCGAGAUUCGCAACACAAAUGAUUAAAUUUAAAUAAACAAAUAAGAGAAAUAAAAUGAAAAACCAAAAAAUAAGGACGAAAGUUUCAUGGAACUGCAACUAUUUUUUUCCGUUUUUUUAUAACAAAUAAUGAAAAUGAUAUAAACAAAUCAAGGUUGAUUGAAAACAAUGUUUGUUAAUUACCAGUAGUUAAUAAUUAAUAAUGAUAUUUAAAUAAUAUUAAAAAUAAUUAAAAUAAGCGUAAGAAUAAUAACGAUAAAUAAAUAAUAGUUAAUGAUAAUUAUUACUAUUAUUAACUAAUUAGUGGGACGGUUGUAAUAAGUGAUAAUAAACACUUGUCUGAAUGUCUCGAGACUGAAGAGAAUGUUAACUAUAAUAAUAUAUAUAUCAUUAUCAAUUAUUAAUUUUAUUUGACUGUUAUCAAUUAGUAGGUUAAUUUUUUCGUGUAUGAAUAGUUAACUUUUUUAAAUAUUUCUUGGCAUAUGUGUGAAUUCAUUCCGAUUUAUCUACUUUAACACAAUAAGCAUGUGAUACUCGGCCCAGGAAAUAUCAUUCACUACUUUCUAAAUAAUUUAUUUGUUGAAAAAAUAAUUAUUAAUUCAUUUUCUUAAUAUUUUCCUUUUUUACAUUAUUUCAUUAUCCAUUCGGAUUUUUAUAAUUAUUUUAUCCUCACGAAGCAACGAAACUGCGACAAUUCCUACAAAUUUUUCUCAAAUUUCAACGCCUUCCAAUCGGUCAUCGAUGCUUCGUGCGCGAAAUGAAAUAUUUCCUAAGGCCAGGGAUGAAGGCUCCUCGGAUUAAUUGAUCAUAAAUAAUUAUAUAAAUAUUUAAAAGUUUACAAAAAAACAUUUCUUUUUUUAUUUAUCAUAUUUUUUUCAAAAAAUAUUCAAUAUCGACAUGCACUAGUUUCGGUACUUAUUUUUCGAUUGAUAACAUUAAAUUCUUUAUAAAACUCUAUAAAAGUUUUUUUUUUUUUAUAAUUUACACAUCGAGACACAAAUGAUGAUCAAUGUUGUUAUCUCUCUAUUCCUAGAACUCCAAUUUUUCACCUAUAUUUUUUUGUUUGAUUUAAUAUUUUCAUUCUUGUAUUUGACGUCAACACAUGCGAGUUUAAUUCCUCUUUCUCUUCACUACAAUUUGCUUUUUUUCUUUUAACGAGAAGCAAAGGGAGGACGCUGGAAUGUGGAAACUUGCCAUUCAGGAUAUCGACCAGACACACCCAGCCAUGUUGCUCUCUUUCUCUCUCUUUCCCUGAUCUUCUUCUACUCUUUCUCAUGUACUAACUUGCACUAUUCACAAAUAUUCUAACAAUCAGUCUGUAGAUGAGAAAAAAGACUAAUCUAAAGUAAAAAAAACAAUCACGUAAAAAUGAGAGUGAAUCUUUUUUUUUUUUUCUUAAUAAUACGUUUUUUUUUACAAGAAACAUAAUAAAAAAAUUUUCA